UAUUUUUGCUGUUGCGAGAAGACCGUUAGCGCGUCCCACUUGGGUCCUCUCUUGAUUCUUUCUCAAACAAAGCGCCCCCCUCUUCGCGGACAGGUGGUUAGUUCUAUUCAGUUGGAAUCGCUUCGGCCCCAACGACCGCCCUGGAAGCUCUGACGGCUGUCCAGGGUCGGCCAAGCAAAAUCGGCCGCGCUGCCCCCCUCUCCUCUGGUCACCGCCGCCCGGCCCUGCCUCGUCUCUCCCUGCCCUCCCCGGGGAAGAAACAAGAUGCCUAAUCCUAAAGAGACUGCUUCAAGUGACUGCAAUGACUCUCAAAACACAGACUGUAGUCCCAGAAAACCAAGGGAGCAUGAAGAUAGCCAUGGUGGAGACAUUCCCAAACUCUGUCCACCUAACAUCCCAUCUCCCAAUUCUCCCCAAAUUCAUUCUGUGUCAGAGCUCAUGGAAACAGCCAAUGAAGUUUCAAAAAUGACAAUAGCCCAUGAAAUUGUUGUCAACCAUGACUUCAAACUGCAAGAAGUGAAUUUAUCACCAAACAGUUUAGAAAGCAGAGUGAAAGAAACAAUGCACAAAGCUUUUUGGGAUAAUCUGAGAGAACAACUCUCCAAAGUGCCACCAGACUAUUCUCAUGCUAUCAAGCUACUUCAAGAAAUCAAAGAAACUCUGCUGUCUUUGCUUCUGCCUCGACAAACACGUUUAAAAAAUGAGAUUGAAGAAGCACUGGACAUCGAAUUGAUAAAGCAAGAGGCUGAACAUGGAGCUUUGGAUAUCCCCAACCUCACUACAUAUAUCUUAGGUACCAUGGCAAUGCUUUGUGCACCUAUUAGGGAUGAAGAAAUACAAAGACUACGAAUCAUGGCAGACCCAGUUCAUUUGCUCAGAGAGAUCUUCCGAGUUCUGAACUUAAUGAAAAUGGAUAUGGUCAACUUUACCAUACAAACCCUUCGACCCCAUCUCUUGGAGCACUCUGUCCAAUAUGAAAGGAAAAAAUUUCAGGAACUCCUGAACAAACUACCAGGCAGUCUAGCUUGUACAACUGACUGGCUACGCAAGGCAAUAGCUGAAGUAUCAAAUUCUGAUUUGCUACCCUCCUCAUCCACCUCUGGAACCAAUGGACCACCUGUUUCCCCUUGUCCCAUGGCUGCUGGAAAAGUCUCAUUUAUUCAUAGUCCUACAGCUGUGCUAAAUCAAGCUUAUAUGGACUUGCUGGAUUGGGAGCCUGGAAGAGAACACUAUCCUGAGACUAUGUUGAUGGACAAAGCACGUUUACACGCUCUUCAAGUGGAAGUGACUCAGCUAGUCAUUAUUGCUUCAGUCCUACUAGUGAGCGGCAAUAUAUGUGGAAAUGAGUUAUUCAGUUCACCUGGAUGUGGAAGUAGGCUGAAAAGGGUAAUAAAAGCUCUUCUGGAAGGUCUCCCUGAUAUAAGAUCAGAAAAUGCCUUACUGGAUAUCAGCAAUCAAACACAUAUGGAAGUAGAUACCAUACUUCAUCAGUUAGGAUACCCUGCUCUCAGUACUGAUAAGGCUGCUUCACUCAAAGGCCAACUCAGGAACCUUGGAGAUAAAGACAAUGCUGUACGGAUUCUAAUUGAGCAACGGAUCCAGACUUUUCUUAGGCACUGUUUGUAUCCUGGUGGCCAGAACUCUAAGGAUCUACUACAAGGCCUUACUCCUAUUCAGGAAGAACUGCUGGAAAUUGGCCAGAGGUUUGGCAGUUUGAUUAAUCACAACAGACAGGUAUUUGGUCCGUACUACUCAGAAAUACUGAAGAAAUUGCUGCUUCCGGUGGGAAAGUCUGAAACAGGGAAAGUUUCUUAACCAUCUCAAAUGAGGCACAGCACGGGACGGCAAGGAGAGGGGAGACUAAAACUGGCAAUUGUUCAGACAGUACUUUGAUGCAAAAUCCAGUGUGAUCAACAGGGCAGCUGUCCUGUUCUUUGCUGUUGUAUUCCAAACUCUUGUACAGCUGGAUCACUGAAGUUGCAAGGUACAGCUAAUACCAAACUGACAAUGCCAAGUUUGCUGCAGUAAACCUUUAAACAGCUCAAAAUGUUGUCCUGUGAUUUUAAACUGGCUAGUACAUGUUCUUUCAGCUGGGAAAAGUAACUUUAGUAUCCCAUUCCUAUGGUUAUAAUUUAUUUUAAUAUUUUCAAUGAAACAUUUAUCAAUUUAUAUAGAAUUAUAGUUUUAAAAUACCCAGUACAGACUCAUACCACAACAACCUGUACAGAGAUGUCUAAUUUUAUUAAUUUACUCAGUUCUAAGUCAUACAGUUAUGAAAAACAAACAACAAAACGACUGCUGGAAGCUCAGAAAUAUUUACAGUCUCGCCUUGUUGUAGUGAGGUCAGUCUAUGUUGUUGCACAGAUUGGUUAUGUUUGGUACCACAAAAAAAGAGACAGAAUAAUUUUUAUAUACAGGAAAUAAAAA